AACCUAAAGUUGGAAAGCAACUAACGUAGCCUAGAGUUGCUUGAGUGGCUCGCUAACUUCGACUAACUACUUUCGGUUCAUGUCCUUUGCAGAUGCCACAUUCCUGACUAUAAAAAGAUCUAUAACCGAGUAAAGGGAGAUGUAAAGUAAGAAUUGAACGUGUAAAUGUUAAUUCAUAGUCGUAACAUAUGGUUUGUACGUUUACUGAUCUACUUUAAGCGUUACGUUUCAUGUUUUAACCAUGGCGACCUAACAAUUUACGUAUAGACAAUCAAUUUACACCGGUUGAAAAUACGCCUACCUGGACGCCCGGGACAUAUUCAUCGAUUCCUCUCAAUAGUGCCGCACGUCCACAGAAAUGGAUUUGGGAUGGUCUGGACGGACUUAAUCUGAACCAAUAAUAGAUUUAUAUAUUUCCGGCCAACUCAAGUCCAGGGUGGACAAUAUCUAAAGUUCAUCAAGUAAAUCUGAUUUUUUUUUUUAUUAAUAGGAAUCGGUGUGUGCAUGGGGAUAUGUUGGCAGCAGUGUAGUCUAUAUUCUCCUCGAUCGACUAAUUUGCUAUUUCUAUUAGGGUCAACGACAAAAUAAUAGCCAGGCUACUUUAUAAUAUGUACGUUUUCAAAUACCCUGUUUUCUUCGAGUGCCAGACUCUGGACCCACCACAGAAACAUAUGAUAAAAAGGUACUUUGGAAUUAAACGUAAAUCCGGUGGCGGAGAUUGUGGACCAGUAGAAUCCGUUGGUGACAAAGUCUACAAGAUCGCAUUUAUUGACCAGACAGUCCAGGAGAGGGUACUUCAGAAACCUAAUCAUGUUUUGGAGUUGCCUGGAGGACCUCUCUUCCUCACGCUGAGAGACAGCCUGGAGCCUCCACCCACAACAACCUCCCCAGUCAGUAGUCAGAGUCACCACUCCCUCCCGGUCGACACAUCUCCGCCUGGUGGUCAAGAACAUGUACUCCAUCAUCUGAGCACAGGGAAGCAGGAGAAGAUCAGCACCACCUGUCAUCUGGGACAGGUCCAGCUCCUUCUUCUAGGUGAAGUGAUAGAGAAGGAUCUAGGUGAGGUUGUUCCAGGGGUGAAGGUGACGCGCCUUGACUCAGCUCAGCUGGUCCUGCAUGGCUACGCAAAUGAAGUCCAGACAGCCAAACAGUUGGUUACGGAUAAGAUCCCUCUGGUGCUGGAGCGGGUGGUGCCUGAGGUGUCCCGCCACCUCCUGUCCUUCCUGAGGGAGGAGUAUGGGAGGCCUGGGAACCUGAGCAGUCUGCUGGGGUUGGGACUCCAUGUGGAGGUAGAGUUGGGGGAUACAGAGCUCCGUCUGUUCUCCCUCUCCUCUGGGAAACUGGACCAGGCUGAGAAGAAUCUGCUGGGGAGUUUGGGGAGGAGAAGAUUGACCUGCCCAAAGGUGCCCUUCUGGCUGAACUGAAAUCUAAAUUUGAGACGAAGGUGAAGGAGAUGAACCAGAGCAGAUGCAGGGUGGUAGCCAGAUAUGGUCCUGGGUGUAGAGUGCAGCUGCUGGGCCACAUGAAGGAGGUUCAGGAGCUGAGGGAGGAGAUUGGGGUCUUUCUGAUACGCAGGUCCAGUGUAAGAGUCGUGAGACACCAUCAACAGAAUCAGGAUGGCGUAGUCAGCGAAGCAGGAACCGGAUUAAUACGGGAGGAGAUGGUCGCAGCCACCAGCUAUCGCCUCCGUCUGGGACUGCAGGUAGUGGUGUGUCAAGGUAACAUCACCAAGGAACAGGCAGAUGUACUGGUGAAUGCAGCCAAUGAGGACCUUGAUCAUGCUGGGGGUGUGGCUGCAGCUCUGAGCCAGGCGGGGGGGCCUGAGGUACAGCGGGCCAGCAGGGAUCUGGUUAGGCAGAUAGGGAGAGUGCCCACAGGUACAGUGGUAGAGACUACAGGAGGGCAUCUGCCUUGUAAGAUGCUGCUGCAUGCAGUGGGACCAGUAGGGGGCAGCGUAGGUGGGAAUGAGCGCCCUCUGCUGGAGAAGACAGUAAAGACAGUGCUGGAUCUGGCAGAGACCAUGGAACUCCAGACCUUGGCCAUGCCCUGCAUCAGCUCGGGGAUAUUCGGUGUUCCUCUGAAGGUGUGUUCUGAGGCCAUAGUCUCUGCAGUGAGGGACUUUGGGAGGAAACAGCACAUCCUUACCAAGGUCACUCUGAUUGAUGUGAGUGGAGAGGCAGUGAGAGCCAUGCAGGAGGCCUGUGAUAGGCUGUUAGAGGGGAAGAGGGAGUUUCCUGGAUGGGAGGUAGAGUCCAGCACCACCACUACCACUACACAUGCUCCUCAGAGAGACACCACUGCUGCCUCCCCCAGGGGAUCAGCUGCUCCAGAGGUCUGUGUCCAGGUGGAGAUCAUCCAGGGAACCAUAGAGAAACAGCAGGUGGAUGCCCUGGUGUCCCCAUGGUUGGCAGUGACCCUCUCUCCUCCCGUGUUGGUAAUGCGUUGUUGGAUGCAGCUGGACCGGCGCUGAUGACAGCAUUUCUGAGGGAAUCAGGGGGACGGACUGCACCUGGUGAGAACGUUCUGGUGGAGGGACUGUCUGGUCUCAGCUCUGGCCGUGUCUUCUUCCUCAGAUGUGCACACUGGGACAACAACCCCCAAGGACCAGCAGUACAGGCUCUGAUGCAGGGUGUGAGGAAAAUUCUGACCUCUUGUGAGAACCGGGGCUUCCGUUCCGUUGCCUUCCCUUUAGUUGGAACUGGUGUGGUUCUCCAGUUCCCUCACAACGUGGUAACACAGGUUCUGCUAGAAGAGAUCCGUAGGUAUGAGCAGAACCGAGCAAGCAGAACCCCUUCCUUGUCCGCAUCAUUGUCCAUCCAAAUGACAGAGAUUCUACCAAGGCUUUUCAGAAUGCCCAGAAUGCUUUGCAUCUCAGAGGGUUCGUAUUA